AUGGACAGGUUCCACGACAGGCAGCACGUGCGGCUGCGGAGCCGCGUGCACGGCACCUACCUCCACGCCAACGACGACGGGCGGAGCGUCUCCCUCCGCAGUCGCCGCGCGACGCUGGAGACGGCGUGGACGGUGCACAUCUACCGAGGCAAAGACGGCACGUACCUGCUCCUCCACAGCGCCGCCUACGGCCGCUACCUCGCCGCCACGGCCACGCGGGCGCCGCUCGCGCUCGGCCACCUCGGCUUCCGCGCCGAGCUGCGCGACUACGACCAGCCGGAGGUGGGGGCCAUCAUGUGGCGGGCCGUGGAGGCGGGUUCCGGCGGGGACGUCAUGCUACGCAACGCCGGCGGCCGGUACCUCCGCGCCAACGGCAGGCACCUCCCCUGGAACACCCGCGUCAGCGUCGACGACGCCAACAACACCAGCACCAUGAUGUGCUGGACCCUCCAGACCGUCCCCUCCAGAAUGGAUGUGCCUAUCCCUCAUUAUCCUGUUCGCGUGAGUUCGCCAUGA